GGACCGCUUGUGUGCUGCCUGCGCCCUAUGUCCGCCAGCGUGGAGCUGGGAGAGGCCAGCGAGGCGCCGACGGGUCUCAACCGCUUCCAAAAGGUGGUGCGCAUGCAGCAGGCGCUGCACCGGGCCAGCUCGGAGGCGGGGAUGAGCUCGCAGGCUCCUCCGUCGACGCUGCUCAAGCGAGCGGGCGCGCCAUCGAUGCUGAUCAACCUCGCCCUCGUCGAGGAGCGGCACGGCAAGGGCUCGUGGCAGUACCGCUUGCUCGCACUGCAGAAGACGCGACGGUACACGGCCGCCUUCAUCGCGCUGCUGCUGUGCGACGCGACCGCCGCCAUCCUCGGGCUGCUCCUCUCGACUGCCUACCCUCCGUGCGUCAACAUCAAGGCGCUCGCCAGCUGUCCCGCCAACAGCAGCACAGUCACCGUCAUAGACGACGGCGUCAUCACAAGCACCACCACCACGAGCGACGUCGAGCCGGAGCCGAGCUGCAGCGAGAGCGGGUACGGCGCGUUUGCCGCCGCCAUGCUCGCAGUCACAGUCAUCUCCAUGCUCUCCAUCGUUACCUUCCUCGCCGAGUCGCUCCUCGUCUCCGCGGCGCUCGGCCCGCUACUGCUCCGCACCUCCCGCUCCUUCCGCCUGUGGACCGUGCUCGACCUUCUCAUCCUCACCUUUGCACUCGGCGUCGAGUCGUACCUGUUGCUCGUCAAGCACCCCACCGCGUCGGAGCGCGCCGUCCACACCUCCUCGCCCGCCCUCGUCCUCCUCUCCCGCGGCUACCGGUACGUCCAGCUCGCGCGCCGCUCGUACACGAUCUUGCGCCGCGUGCACCACACGCGCAAGUCGGGCCGCGACCUGAUCGAGGGCGGCGAGGCGCAGCGCGCGCGGAGCGAGCUCGACGGCGCGCUGGAGGAGCGGCGGAACGAGCUGCUCAUCGCGAGGCAGGAGAGCGGCGAGGGGCGCGUGCACCCGUCGAAGCUCGUGCUGCAGGUCUGCGCCGACAUGCUCCUCUCCGUCAGCCGCGAGGUGGGCAGCCGCGAGUGGGACGAGGUGCGGGAGCUGGCGGCAGCGGCGGGCAUCCGCGCGCUCGACGGCUUUGUGGAGCGGCUUCUCAAGCGGCGGCUGCUGCCGCUGUACUCGCGGCCAGAAGGCUUCUACGAGAACGACUCGAACCUAGCCAACACGCUCUUCCAGGCGGUCAAGUACAAGGAGAGCAUGGGCGCGUGGCCAGAGGGCCUCGCCGCCCUAAUCAAGGACGCCAACACGCCCGACUCGCUGCGCGGCGUCAUCCUCGACGACCUCGGGCCCGGAGGGUACGGCCCUCUUGCCCUCGUGGUGCGGGCGAGCCGCUGCUUGCGCACGCUUGACGUCGACUGCUCCGACUCGAACUUGUGGCGCAGCUCGGGCAAGGAGGCCUUCAUCGAGUCCCUCGCCGAGAGCAGCACGCUGCGCCAGAUCGACCUCUCCACCUCGCACGUGCCGCCCGACCUGCUGCACAAGCUGUGCGCGCGGCUCGCUUGUGGCGGCGAGGGCGUCGGAUCCGAGUGGGAGGCCGAGUGGGAGUCGGCGUCGCACAGGGAGGGCGAGGGCUCGCGGCCGCAGGCGAGAUCGGCGCUUCCUCCCACAGCCCUCGACGGGCAAACGGGCGGAGGCAGGGAGCGGGCGGGGGCGGCGGUAGCGCUGCCUCCGCGCGUCGCUCAGAUCGAGGCCGUCUCGCUCGCCGGCAACGCUGUGCCCGGCUGCGGCGCCUCGCUCGCGCUGCUCCUCGAGCAGUGCGGCGCCCUCACCUCCCUUGACCUCUCGCGCACUUGCCUCACCGAGGCCGACGGCGCGCUCGGCGCGCGGCUGCCCGAGGGGUGGCCUGCCGCCCGCCACGCGCCGCCGGCCGGAGCGUCCGCGGAGGCGUCGAACGCUGCCAAGCCGCUGCAGUGCGUCGUACUCGACGUCGCGGCGGUGCCGCCGGAGGAGCGGGGGCGGCUGCCCGCCGCGGUUGCGGCGAUGAUAGGCGACGAGCUGCUCGACCGGGGCGAGAUCCGCAAGGUGAUGCGUGAGGCAUCCGACUUGGUGACCGGCACGCUGCUCGAGGCGGCGCACGGCCUGCAGCACUACAUGCGCGUGAGCGAGGAGCACAUCCGGCAGGGCGUCGCGAUGGGCACCGCCGCCAUCGAGGAGGAGGUGCGCGCGCUGGGCGACGCCGAGGCGCUGUCGAUGCUGCAGUACAUCUUGCACGACCCGGCCUCGGAGAAGGAGUACCCCAACGGCACGCGCGACGCCGGCCGCAGCGGCGAGCGGCUCGCCGACUUCGUCGCGCACGCCGACGCGCAAAAGGCGAUGCUCGACGAGCCGCACCCGCACGUCGUCGCGUUGCGGCUGUACACGACGGCGGCGUACCGGCACAUCAACGGCCCGCUCCGCAAGCCGGAAGGUCCGCACCCGCUGGCGCGCACCACUUGGUUCAUCUCGGAGGCCGUGCGCAAGCUGCGCGCGGUGCACGCCGACUCGACGACGGCGACCGAGACCGAGGACCUCUGGAGGGGCAUGCGCAACAUGCAGCUCUCGAGCGACUUCAUCGACAACCGCACCGGCGGCACCGAGCUCGCGCCCAUGUCCGCGACCACCGACAUGACCGUCGCGGCGCGCUACGGCGCCUCGUCGGGCACGCUGCUCUUCAAGAUCCGCGUCGACAACUCGCUCGUGCGCGGCGCGUCGCUGCAGUGGGUCUCCGCCUUCCCGCGCGAGGCGGAGGUGCUCUUCCCGCCGCUGACGUACGUCCAGCCCACCGACAAGCGGCAGACGCUGCUGGUGGGCGCGUGCAACUUCACUGUCAUAGAGGUGGUGCCCAACCUGUCGUCGUGACGCAUAUUAGAGGUGUGCGGUGCCCCGGUGCCCUACCACAGCGAGCCGUACCGUGCCUGUACCGGUGUCGCAUGAUAUGGUUCAUGGAGUUGAUGGGGGAGAUGGGUUGUGAUGCUCAUGUACGAAGUACGAGAUAUGUACGAUCUACGAGCGU